AUGCAGAAUGCGGAGGAUAUCUUAUUCGGAAUAUCACCAGCAGACAAACUGCCUGGAACAAGUGCAUUCAAUCUCAGCGAGGAAUUCACAGAAGCCGACCUUCUGAAAAUAUUUGAUGAGUUGGAGAGCAGCCAGUCAUUUCACGCGCAACAGACGAACGAGGAAUGUAGGACAUUGCUGGAAAGGGAGCAAACCCCGUUACAUAAGGAGCGAUGUGACUCAAGUGAGAGUGAUAGUACAGAAACCAAUGAAUUACCUACUGCUGAAAAUACGCGCGUUCUCAAGAGUAUAAAUCUGAGGGAUGAGCCGCUACAUCUGCAGUGUGAAUGGCAGGACUGCGGUCACUUUUCUCAUAACCUCGACGACUUUGCGCGCCACGUCAGUUUCCACAUACCGCACCUUGAGGUCAGAAUGAAUGAAAAACAGGAAGGUGUAUAUGCUUGUUUGUGGAGGUCAUGUACUUUCGAAUCUGCAGACUCCAAUGAAAUAGUUAGACACGUCAAUUUCCAUUCAUAUCAUACGAAAAUAAAGAACAUUGGCUCAAAUAUUUUGUCUCGUUUAAGACUGCCAGUUUGCAAAUUUAGUGACAUCGGAAGGAACGUGGUUCCAAAUUUGCCAUAUGCAUUUGACUGUUGUUGGGGCCAAUGUGAACGAACAUUCAACAAUCCACACAUGUAUUACAGACAUGUUCAAGGACAUUUACAUUUCAACUCAUUUCGUAAUAAUGUGAAAAGACGCUUUCACUGCGGCUGGCGCGGGUGCAAGUCUGUGUUCCGCUCAAAUUACAAAUUGGCAGAACACACCAGAAGACAUACACAGGAGAAACUUGUGGGCUGUCCAACAUGUGGUGAACUUUUUGCAAAUAAAACAAAGUUCUCUGACCACUGUAAGCGUCAGAUUCCCUUUGAAAUGCGAGGAUAUCAGUGUUCACACUGUUUCAGGUACUACUCAAGUGAAAGACUGUUGCAGGAGCAUGCACGUUGCCAUGUCAACCGUUACAAGUGUGCCUUCUGUGACAUCACUUGCUAUUCUGCAUCGAACCUUGUUACUCAUAUUCGUUUUAGACACCUGAACAGCAAGCCAUUCAAAUGCAACUUCUGUAAAUACACAGCCAAAAGAAAGUAUGAUUUGGAAAAGCACUUGAAGAUACACUACCCUGGCCCAGUUUACCGCUGUGAGGAGGAAGGGUGUCGUUUCUCAUGUCGCAGCGCCAAUGUGCUUCGCAGGCAUCGUGACAGGAUCCACCUGGGAACCUAUGAGCCCAUGUACUGCUGUCACAUGUGUGACAAUCGAUACCAACGUGGCUCGCUGCUCACACGUCAUCUCCUUUCUAAGCACAAACUCUGUCGGCCAUCAGGGCAUUGCAGAUUUAAGUACAAACGUGAUGAGUACGGUUACUUCAGGUUACAGACAGAGCGGCAUGAGAUUCUGGACGAAGCGCAUGAUGUGAAGGAGCCAGAGUCUUGUACCAUCCAGCCGCUCUGUGGCAGUAGUCAAGCAGUAUUCGACGACGGUGACUCUCUGAAGCAGGAGGCAGCAGGGCGUGGGGUUCUCAUCACAAUAAUGGAACUGGAUGAAAGUGGGAAUGUUCUGUCCACUCAAGAGAUAAACACUGAUGAGGUGUCAGUCUUGCCCCCAGGAUAUAUCACAAUUUUUCAAGGUUGA